AUGUUUUCCUUGUUCAAAGUUCUUCUCGGAGGCGCGUUUGCCGCCCUGUCCAUGGCGCCUGGCGUCAAUGGACAGAACUAUCCUGGCCCAGGUGCGGUCUCUGGGAGCACUUUCGCUCACGACCCGACAGUGGUCAAGACGCCGAGCGGUAGUUACAUCAUGGCCUACACAGCACCAGGCAUUGCACUCAAGACCUCUACCGACCGCACCGUCUGGCGCGAUGCCGGUCUUGUAUGGAACAACGCAAAUGCCCCGUGGACACAACCGUACACGGGCGCCACUAACGAAAAUCUCUGGGCUCCAGACCUUUCGUACCACAAUGGCCAGUACUAUCUAUACUACUCUGCCUCGACCUUUGGAUCUCGCAGGUCCGCAAUCUUCUUGGCCACAAGCACCACGGGUGCUGCCGGAUCGUGGACGAACCGCGGUGUUGUGAUCGAGACCACUGCGAACAGUGCAUACAACGCCAUCGACCCCAACUUGAUCGUCGACGCUGAGGGCAGGUGGUGGCUAUCAUUCGGUUCGUUUGGAAAUGGUCUCAAGUUGAUUUCCAUCAAUCCAAGCACCGGCAUGCGCUCCGGCAGCAACAUGGUCGAUAUCGCCAGUCGCGGAUCCGGCGGCGCCAUAGAAGCACCCGUCAUCGUUCGCAAUGGCAACUUCUACUAUCUCUGGGUAUCUUUUGAUAGGUGUUGCCAGGCUGCUGCCAGCACCUACAAUAUCAGGGUUGGACGAUCUACUAACGUUCAGGGUCCUUACGUAGACCGCGACGGUAGGCAGAUGAUGUCAGGCGGCGGCACGCUGGUGCUGGCAUCACAUGGCGCCAUUCGCGGACCUGGCCAUAACACUGUUUUCAGAGACACCGACGCCGACGUACUCGUCUACCAUUACUACAGGCAAUCUGAUGGUCAGGCUCAGUUAGGUAUUAACCUUCUUCGCUACGAAAACGGCUGGCCGGUUGCCUAUUAA